AUGUGGCUGGAAGACUACCGGCUUGCAUGCCAGGCCGGAGGGGCAAGCGACGACCGCUUCGUCAUCCAGUACCUCCCUAUAUGCCUGGGAGAGAACGUCCAUGCCUGGCUGGACUUCUUGCCCGCCGACUCCAUCGGCAGCUGGGCAGACCUUCAAAGAGACUUCAUCGGCAACUUUCAAGGCACGUACGUACGUCCUGGCAACUCUUGGGUUCUCAAGAACUGCAAGCAGGAGCCCGGUGAGUCUCUGUGCGACUACAUCCGGUGCUUCUCCAAGCAGUGCAACUCACUGCCAGGCGUCGUCGACGCCAACACCAUCGGCGCAUUCCUUAGCGGGACGCACUGCAAGACCCUGGUCCACAAACUAGGGUGCCAGAAGAUGCGCACUACGCACGAGCUCCUGGAGAUCGCCACCAGCCACGCCUCCGGCGGGGAGGCGGUUGGGGCCGUCUUCGAGCACGACCAGCACGUGGUGAAAGAAAAGCGACGUGACCGCGACAGGCCUUCCUCGAGCCUCGAGGACAACAAGAGCAAGAAGAAUCGUCGACCCCCCGCUAUCGGCGAGGUCGCGGCAGCGGAAUGCCAAGAUAAGCGCCUGCCGAGAAACGACCACUUCAGCCAACUCCUGGAAAAGCCUUGCACCAACCAUGGCUAUCCGGUGAACCACAAGUUCAGGGACUGCGAUAUGAUGAAGCACCUCCUCCGACGGAUAGCCAAGACCAACAGUGACAGCUGCGACAAGAGGCCCGACGCCGACCAGGACAGAGGGAAGCCGGCGGAUGGAGAGUUCCCGGAUGUGGAUCGGUGCUUGGUGAUCAUCGGCGACCUGGAGGACGAGUGCUCUAGACGACUACAGAAGGUUCGGCUCCGCGAGGUAUGUGCUGCUGCAGGUUCCAUUCCUAGAAAGCUGAAGUGGGCGUCCACACCCAUUAUUUUCGAUCAGGAUGACCACCCGGCAAACGUCCCUCGACCCAGGAGCUAUCCCCUCGUCAUUGACCCCGUCGUUAGCAACAUGCGCCUGUCCAAGGUACUGAUGGACGGAGGCAGCAGCCUCAAUAUCCUCUACGUCGACACCUUGGAAGCCAUGGGAAUCCCGCGAGGCUGCUUGCGGGAAUCCCUCUUCCCCUUCUAUAGCAUCCUGCCAGGCAUGAUGGCGUACCCAGUCGGCAACAUCGACUUGCCGGUUACGCUAGGCAGCAAAGCCAACUUCCGCACCGAAACCCUCACGUUUGAGGUGGUGGACUGGAAGGGGGUGUACCAUGCCAUUCUCGGGCGCCCCGCCUACGCCAAGUUCAUGGCGGCCUACGUGAGCAGCCGCGAGUACUAUGACCUCGCCACCACCGCGGCAAACUCAGCUGAGCUCGGUCAGCUUCGCGCCGCCACCGCCGAGUGCUGCCCUGACCCUGGCAGGCCUAGCCAGGCACCGGCCUUCGUCUCAACCGACAAGACCAAGACGGUCAUGGUCGACGACGCUGAUCCAACCAAGACGGUGCGGAUCAGCUCUCAGCUGCCGGCCAAAUAG